CCCUUCACAUUGGACAGCCUAAUAACUGAGACUUUUGAGCAAGUAUACAGCAAAGCCGCGAUCCGGAAGAACAGAGAAACGAAAACUCGUACUCAUUUCUCCCCUCGCUCCCAUAUCACGCCGCUGCCCUUCUCAAUUCUCAGGCAUCCCCGUCGUCCUCCGCCAUGAUCCGGUUCAUCCUGCUGCAGAACCGGCAGGGGAAGACGCGGCUGGCCAAGUACUACGUCCCGCUCGAGGACUCCGAGAAGCACAAGGUCGAGUACGAGGUGCAUCGGCUCGUGGUCAAUCGGGACCCCAAGUUCACCAACUUUGUCGAGUUCCGCACACACAAAGUUAUCUACAGAAGAUAUGCAGGACUUUUUUUCUCUAUGUGCGUGGACAUCACUGACAAUGAAUUGGCAUACUUGGAAUGUAUCCAUUUGUUUGUCGAGAUAUUGGACCAUUUCUUCAGCAAUGUGUGUGAACUUGAUUUAGUAUUUAACUUCCACAAGGUCUACUUGAUACUGGAUGAGUUCAUUCUUGCUGGAGAGCUUCAAGAAACAAGCAAAAGGGCAAUUAUAGAGAGGAUGGGCGAGCUUGAGAAACUGGAAUGAAAAGAAACAACGGUGUGGUACUGUGGUGUACAUUAGCAUAGGUCUGGAGCUAGUUCUGCCCAAUUGACAAGUUACUUCCAUAUUUUUAACGAUUCUUUACCUGUUGUGCAUCAUCUUUGCUUCACUUAACCUUUCUCAAACUGUGAAUCGGUCGAUGUGGCUUUUUUACGUUUCCUGAGAUUACCGACGGAUUUUUAACUUCAUGUGAGGAUUUUAAUUCCAUGGCAAAGCAAAGGAUCCACUGUCUGAAGUGA